UACCAGUAGAAACUUAUGUUACAAUUGAACAAUUUUUUUUGAAUUUGGCUGAAAAGCAUAUAUUAAGCGAUAAUUUGGCAUUGGUUAAAAAAAUUGAAGUUCGAUGUGGGAGUUCAAAAGUCUCUGUUAAUCAUAAUGUUGAUCUUGAAUAUAAUUUAUGGAAAAUAGCGAUAGAAUAUAGAAAACACUUUGUUUUUCGAUUACUUAUGUCUCAAAUAACUUCACCAAUUUAUCAGCACACCAACCCCUUUGAUAUUAUAUUUAAUACUCAAAAUUCUUCUACACUUUCAAAAUGGAAACUUAGCAUCAAACCAAAUAAAAAAGAACAACUAUGGAAUGAUAUAAUAACGUGGAUUAAAAAAAAAAAUAGCAGUUGGAUAGGACCUAACGUAGCUGAGACAAUCAGAAAGCCAUUCAUCCAAGAUUUAACAAACACACUAUGGUAUAUAGAUGGCUAUAACCAUAAUACAUUUACCCAACGAUACAACUUACCAAAAGUUUUUGAGAGUUUCAUAGGAUACAACAAUCCACAAGACUAUAAAUAUGCUUGCUCUAGAUUUAAUUCCAAAGAGCUUAAUGAAUAUAGUGAUUGCCUUCUUAAAUACAUUACCCGUCUAUGGAUAUCAAGAUUACCAUUUUCAAGGUUUUUUAAAGAGCUAGUAAUGAAGCUAGAUGAAGAUCUUUCCAAAUAUACUAAGUAUCUCAUUUACAAACGUGCAGAAACGCCUCAAAAUCAAGAACUUGAUUAUCCUAUAGUUAAUGAAUAUAAUAAUAGCCAGCUAGAAAUCUUAUUAACAAAUGUAAAAUGUACAUCAGAUAAUAUUAUAAAAUACAAAAACCUUUCAUUAGCCCUACAAGAAAAAAAAUAUUGGCAACCAAUUUUAGUUAAUAACUUCUGCUCUUCGAUAUCACGAGAAAAUUUUUCUGUAUUUGAAUCUGCAACUGAACAAGACAUGGAAAGUUUGUGGGAGCUAGUACUUGAAGUGGAUGAUUUAUUGGUACCUGAAGACACAUCUAAGAAACAUAUUAAAAAUAAGUCUCAUAUUCUUGAGUUUAUGAGUCAUUGUUGUCAUUCAAGAACCUAUUUUUUUGAAAUCAGAAAGUACCAAGAAGCUGAAACUGCAAACGAAGACCAUUAUAUGCUAUUUUAUGAAAUAUAUGGCAAAGAUACUACUGAAAAAUACUAUCCAUCUUUGCUUCAGAAAGCCAAUGCAUCUAAAUUAUCAUCAACUUUCACGACUACUAAUAGUUUUGGUAUUAAUGGUAUGGGUUUUAGUCCCCAGGUUCUCUAUUCACAAUAUCGCCUAAAUCCGGAAGAGAAAAAUUUUCUUAAAACUUUUAUAGAGACAAUAGAUUAUACAUGUAGUACAACAUUUUAUAGAAUAUCAGAUCUUGCAAAAGCCAACUCAUCAUUAGUUUUAAAUGAUGACAAUUGUAACACAGAAAAUAACCUGAUCAAGUUUCAAGAUGUAAGUAAUAGUAUGCAUGAAGAUGACGAUAGUAAUAUUAAAGAUGUGGAAGAUUAUGAUGAGACU